AUGGCUGAUGAACUCCACCAAUCACACCCACCGUCCUCUCCCUCGCCGUCGCCGUCACCGCCGCCGCCUCGACAGUCACCGAAAGAAGAACAAGAAGAAGUCAAUCCAGAAAUCAAAUCCAAGUCUCGAUGUAAGAACAACACCUUCUUUGGCAGACAUAGAAUCACAGCAGCCAUAAACAGACUCCAAAACGAAAUCAAUAUCAUCAAAGAAGAAUUGCAACAGCUCGAGAAUAUUGGUGAAUCUUCUACCGUCUGCGCAGGAUUCAUCUCCAGCGUUGAAUCGAUUCCAGAUCCUUUGCUUCCAGAAACAAUCGGUCCGACGGAUGUGAACUGGGACCAGUGGUUCCGAGGAGCUCAUGGCAGUCGAAAUCACAGACGGUGGAUCUGAUUCCGGUGAAAGAGGGAGAUCCAGUUUUGCAAUUCGCGGUUGAUUUAUAGGGUUUUGACAUCAUCUUCUUUUUUUCUGUUGUUGAUCGAUUGCCGCCAUAACUACAAUGUCGAGAAGGAGAAGAAGAAGAAGAAGGAAAAGUCUCUUCAACUUGGGGAAUUGAAACGACGACGUCGCAAUCGGAUCGUGUGUAAAAGUUUUUAUUUUUUCUUUUCUUUUGGAUUAAUACAAUUUUUUUCUCCGAAUUUAACUUUACCGUUCACUUA